AUUUGACCCGGUAGUGAUUGUCCUGUUGGUUCUGCUGCUGUGGAGAACUUCAACACGUGUGUAGCUGUCAAAGAAGCGGUUACCAGUCAACAAAUAUGUGCAUGACAGUGAACUGUAAGAGUACGUACAUGUGGUAAUGCGAAUACAAAGCGUCGUUAGUUGUAAAUGAUAGUUUGGGUUUCACGAAGACCUCUGGAGUCAUCUCAGCUAGCGGCUAAGCUAGCAGACCCAACCGAGGCACUGUGUCCCUGAUGCAAUAAUGGCUGAUGCAUUCAGCAGCAGCUCAGAGACGGUAAUUCAGCGUGUGGUAGAUGUCACAGUGAAGACAAAUACACCUCCAGAAAAACUUGAAGAGUUGUAUCAGAUUAAGGAGACCUGCGAUUUUAUCAGUCAGCAUCAGUUUAAAAAGGUUGCUUUGCAGUUUCCUGAUGAGCUGCUGGUGGAUUCAGUUGCAGUAGCAGUGGAGAUCGAGAGACACAGUAAUGCCAAGCCAUUCAUUUUAGGAGACACAUCCUAUGGCAGUUGCUGUGUGGAUGAGGUUGCUGCUGAACACGUUGGAGCUGACUGCAUCAUGCACUAUGGCAGAGCUUGUCUCAGUCCCUCUAAAAGACUUCCUCUGAUGUAUGUGUUUGAGAGAAGACCGGUGGAUGUGGAGAAGUGUGCCUCCACCUUCAGGGAGCUCUAUCCUGACACACAGAGCCACAUCAUCAUCCUCUAUGAUGUUAACUAUGUUCAUGCUAUGAAUGACCUUCUGACACUGCUGUCUCCAGAGUAUCCAAACCUUGUUGCGUCAGAGCUUGUUGUUGAAGGGGAGCAGUGUUACAGUCAUGGCCAAAUGAAUAGACAACACGAUGACACCUAUCUGUCAGAGCAGGAUGGCAGGCAGGUCAUUUAUCAGUUUGGGAGGCAGUUCUCCCUGAAAAAAGGUUCAAGCAUAACAGACUACAGUAUGUUCUAUGUCGGACAGGAAGGAGCAACCCUGAGAAACUUCAUGAUGACUUGGAAUCGCUGCUCAUUUUGCUCUUUUGACCCCAUAACAAUGACGGGGAGGACUGAGUCAGUCAGUAUCAACCGUGCACUGAUGAAGCGAUAUUACGCUAUAGAAAGGGCCAAAGAUGCCAAUGUGGUCGGCAUCCUUGUCGGCACACUCGGGGUGGCUGACUACCUCACUAUCAUCCAGCAGCUGAAGGAGACCAUUCACAGAGCUGGCAAAAAGAGCUACAUGUUUGCCAUGGGGAAACUGAACGUGCCCAAACUCGCAAACUUCCUGGAAAUUGACAUUUUUGUGUUAAUAGCAUGUCCUGAGAACUCACUGCUGGACUCAGGUGAGUUCUAUAAACCUGUUGUGACCCCGUUUGAGAUGGAGGUGGCCUGCAACAAGAACAGGGAGUGGUCAGAGGAAUACGUCACAGACUUCAGACAUCUCCUGCCAGGUGGACAGAGUCACGUGCCUUUGGUUGAUCAGCAGGAGGACGGCGAUGAGACGGACGUGUCUUUAAUCACUGGAGCUCUGAGAAGCCGCAAUCUGUUAAACAGUGAACCUGCAGAGUCCUCAUUCAGCUCCUCUGUGGUCCUCAGGAACCAGACAAUGACUGUAGCCAACACAAACCCAGCUGCAUCUUUUCUGGCAGAACGAAGCUGGCGUGGCUUAGAGCAGAAGUUGGGAGAGACGCCUGUGGUGAAGGCAGUAGAGGGCAGGAGAGGCAUAGCUAUCGCCUACGAAGAGGAAGGAACGCCUUCAUGAUAAUUUACCAGUGAUCCACAAGGUCUGCAUUAUUCAAUCAUGACUGCUACAAAUGUACCAAAUGUACAGCAUAUUACUUGUAAUUACAGGAAACUGUAAGUAAUUAAAUGUUUUUAUGAACCAA